CCUUUCCUUCAUACCUACUUGAUUUUCGAUCUGAUUCGCGCAAUGGCCAAGACACAUUUAGCUGGCAAAAGCCCUUCCAUUGUUUCCAUAAUGCCACUUUUUGGGCUGCUAAUGGCUAGCCUUACCACAACUGGAGCAAAUAUUGGUGUUUGUUAUGGAACACUUGGAGACAACUUACCUUCCGCACAAGAAGUAAUCUCUAUGUACAACCAAUAUAGCAUCCAAAAAAUGAGGCUCUAUGAUCCUAACCCACAGGCUCUUCAAGCCCUUAGAGGCUCCAAUAUUGAGCUCAUGCUCGAUGUACCCAACGAAGGCCUUAAAGACAUCUCUUCUAGCCAAGCCAGUGCAGAUUCUUGGAUCCAAAGUAAUGUCAUAACCUACGGAAAUGACAAUUUCAAAUACAUCGUGGUUGGGAACGAAAUAGAUCCCACAGGUCCAUUAGCCCCGUUUGUUGCCUCUGCAAUGGAAAAUAUUCAAAAAGCAGUUUCUGCCGCCGGUCUUGCAACCCAAAUUAAAGUCUCCACCGCGGUUUACACCGCGAUUCUCAACGAAUCCUACCCGCCAUCAAAAGCCUUCUUCAACCCUGAAUAUCGACAGUUUCUUGAUGCUAUCAUUGCUUUUUUGGUGGCCAAUCAAUCUCCAUUUCUGGUUAAUGUGUACCCAUAUUUUAGUUAUGUUCAAAAUCGUCAGACUAUGGGUAUGGACUAUGCACUUUUUACAUCUCCGUCAGUUGUGGUACAGGAUGGUCAGCUUGGGUAUCAAAAUCUGUUUGAUGCAAUUUUGGAUGCAGUUUAUGAAGCAUUAGAGAAAGCCGGAGGCGGUUCUUUGAAACUUGUCGUAUCGGAAAGUGGUUGGCCCUCGGCGGGUGGCGAUGGCGAAGUGACCACAAAAGAGAAUGCGAGAACUUACAACUCAAAUUUGGUUAAGCAUGUGAAGGGCGGGACUCCGAAGAGACCUGAAAGCCCUGUAGAGACUUAUAUCUUUGCCAUGUUUAAUGAGGAUCAAAAAACAGGGCCGGCGAUUGAGAAACACUGGGGACUCUUUUUCCCCGACAAAACUCCGAAAUAUUCCAUUGAUUUCAAUUAAGAAUGUGAACUCAGUGUAUCCUGAGAUCAAGGGAGCUUUCGUAUGGAAUUUAACCAUAAUUAAAGAUUACUUGCAGCCCUAGAAAGGCAACCGCAAGACUUUAUGUAUUUGUCUAGAAAUAAAUGUCAAUACGAUGGCAUGUUGUAAGGAUAGCGGUUUUACCAUAUUUGAUUACUUUUUAUACCA